CUGUGUUCAUCAAAUUCGAAUCUGGAAACAGCGGCAGAAAUCUGCUUUCACGGCGUAUAUGAUGGACAUGCAAGGACUUUGACGCGCUCAGAGUCCUGCACAUUGGACGAUGAGUUGGUCGAAAGAUAAUACGAUCUCUGUUCUCGCUCUUCUCGCAACAUGCAUACCAAUGAUCAUCCUGAUGGCUACAUGUUUGCUCCGUCAGAAAAGACCGCGCGCGAAGCAGCGAUCACAAACAGACGUUGAGGCGCCGUUUGUAUUGCCUCGCUUGCAGCCUUUCCACUAUGGGCCGGUGCGCAGAGAAUCUGCGCUCAUGGCACUGAUUCUCGUCCAGAGGGAGGUGCAAAUUGCGGAUCGUGGGUCUUAUCAGGCGAUGGGGGCGUUUUGAGAGGAGCAAAUGUCGCACCUCUUUAAUUUCAAUCAGUGCGGACCCUUCAGAGAAAUCGUCGUUCGGGUUUUUUGAGCCAUCUGCGUGGUUGACGUUGGACUGCGGAUAUGCGAUGGUUUGGUUGCACGGGACUGAUAGCUGCACACCUGGGCAGGUGCGGAAUGGCUCCGCUAGCGCGAACGCGUAAUUGAGAGGCUCAAG